AGCAAUUCUAUUUUCUAGGGGCAAGGGACAGUAAAUUUAAAAAAAAAAGAGAUCGACAAAUUUAUUUUGAUAUCAGUGCGAAAAAGUUCAUUAAAAAUAUAUUUUUGAGAAAUGCCAGGGAAAUGUAGAGCGGAUGUAUUGUAUAUACUUUCAUCAUGAGAUAUUUUCAGCGUGCAGACUCCUUUGUUUCUACGAUAAAAACGAAUAAAACUCCGGUUUCAGGUCACUAAAUUUUGAGGCAGAAGUGACCUCAAAUGCACACCUUGCACAUCUUGCGCGGCCUGAACUGUAUUAUCUGCAAAUGACUAACCUAAAACAUAUGUUUUAUUUUAAAGUAUGUAACCAGACGAAAAUAAUGGUGGGAAGAAAAGUGUCACAUAACCUUUACUUUUUCCGCAAAUGAGCUGAAUCCGGACGGAUGGAUGGAUGACCGUUUCCAUUUUGUCUGACUUCUCACACUCUUUAAGCGGACACAUAACGGUUGAGCGUUUUCGUGAUAGACAGCAACCAAAAUAUUGUUGCCAUGCCUAUUUCAACAUGUAUUGCGUCUUAUUGGCUGCUUUACCACGUAUACACACAAAGACACCCUUAUAUAUACUAGUACUAUAAACAUUACAGGUACUAAUCCAUCCAAUUCUUAAACCUUUCGUGUUGGUAAAAGGAUACUUUUGAGUUCAUGCAAACAAGGCUAACGAGAUCAAAAUGACCGACAGUCGGAACCCUUUACAGAACGGGGAUGCCAGGGAGCUCGGUGACAGUCUAUGUGAAGAUUUUACCAUUUCUGUCGAAUCUGCCGAUAUUCCAAAAGGAGUUUGUAGUGGUAUAAUACAUGUUAAACUUCUGGGUGAUGAUGGAAUUGUUGGAGAAGAAGAAGAGUUAGCUGCUUUGGAAUUCCCUAAAGAAAUCAAAAGAGGCCACAAGCAUACUUUCCAAAUGAACUGCAAGAUGAUGAAUGUCAUUGGAAUUAACAUACGUGGGGAUAUGAUGGUCGGCAAAGUCGGUUGGAAUAUUGAUAGAAUGACUGUACAGAAGACGAUGGGAGGCACAGAAGCUAUUAUUCCCAUUUUCACCAGUAUCAAAAGCGGCCGGAGUUACACAUUUAUGGUCAAUGAUGUUGAGUUGCCGCAAAAUUCUUCAAGAAAAGAGGACAGAAAAGAAUAUUUUAAGGAAAUGGGACUUCUGUAUGAACUGUCUGAUGAGCAAUACCCAGGUUGUCCACCGUUGGUAAAGAAGUUACCGAAAGUCGAACAGUUUUCCCAUGUUUAUAAAGAUAAAAUUAUAAAAGAAUCUGUUCAGGUAGGUUUGGAUGCUGUAUGCCGUGAACUUCCAGAUAAGCUAUUACAUCAGCUGGGCCCAUUUCAAACGAUAGAUGAUAUACAAAAGUUGUAUGAUUGUGAUUUUCCAGAACCUUCGAACCUAAACAGGUGGCGAAAUGAUGUUUUCUUCGGAUUUCAACGCUUGAUGGGUAAUAACUGCAGCACCAUUUGUGUUUGUACAAAGAUACCAGAAAAUCUUGUUGUUGAUAAUGUAAAGCUAAAGCUUUCUCUUGAAGGCAAGCAGGUGGAAGAAGCGCUUGCUGGUAAAAGAAUUUUCAUAAUCGAUUACAAGAUUCUUGAGGGCCUACCAACAAAACAGGGUUACAUCAUUACCGCCCCGAUUGCUUUAUUUUACCAGCGUGAUGAUGGCAUAUUAGUACCAAUUGCCAUUCAGCUAUUUCAGAAAAAAGGGAUGCCUGUGUUUUAUCCAGAUGAUCCUGAAAAUGUGUGGAUUCUGGCAAAGAUGUGGUUCAACGUAGCCGAUGCGAAUUACCACGAGUCAGUUGCUCAUCUUGGCUUCACUCACAUGAAGAUGGAAGGAAUUGUCGCUUGUACUUACAGAACAAUAUACAAGACUCAUCCUAUAUACAAACUUCUGAUGCCCCAUUUUCUGUACCUACUUGCCAUAAAUAGCAAUGGUCUUCCGGUAUUACUGGGCAAAGAUGGGUUCGUGAGCAAGGUUCUAGCCUUAGGUCCGACAGGAAUGGUGGAGCUCAUAAGAAAGAAAAACAAGGAUUGGCGAUUGGACCGAGAUGGCGACCUGGUUAAUGAUCUGAGAAAUAGGGGUGUUUACGAUCCAAAUUUGCUUCCACAUUACUAUUACCGGGACGACGCCUUAGAACUGAACGCAUGCAUUCGUUCGUAUGUGACAAAAUACCUUGAUCUCUACUACAAGUCGGACAAUGAUGUCAAAAAGGACGAGGAGCUACAAAAUUGGAGGAAGGAAAUUAUUGCCCCAGUAAAAGAUCAAGGGCUUGGUAUGUUGGGUGUCUACGGAGACAACGACGAAUUCAGCACAAAAGACCAAGUAUCGCGCACUUUGACAAACAUAAUAUUUACGUGCAGCGCCCAGCACGCAGCCGUCAAUUUCCGCCAGUAUGAAGAAUACGCAUAUCCACCAAACUACCCCGCCAUCCUUCAAGGAAAACCACCAAAGAACAAAAGCAGAAUCGACGAUAAGCAACUACUCAAAUAUCUACCAGACAAAACAACAACGUAUGACACCUUGAUUAUCACAAGUAUUUUGAGUAUGAGGGCAAUGAAUAAGCUUGGGGAUUUUGAGGUUUGCUACAUCACUGACAAAAAUGCAGUUGAAGUGGUUAAAGAGUUCCAAGCGAACCUCAAACGAAUUGCCAAGUCAAAUAAAGUCAAAAAUCAAACAAGACUGGAGAGAUAUACUUGUCUGAGUCCAGAUCUGGUACCAAACUCUAUUAGUAUCUAACUGAUGCAGGACUAUUGACAAAUGUUUAAAAUUGUCAGCAAUUACAUAUAAUCUAGAAAGACGGAGUGAAACAUAUAACUCAUACAAACUUUUGAUUGUAUAAACUGUUACAAACUUACUUGAUUUCAUAGUUUUCACUGUCUGAAACAUAUUAUUUGAAAUAUUUACCCAGUAUCUGAAAACAUGUAAUCUUGGAGAUCUCUUUAGUAGGGAAAUUGUAUAUUUGAAAGACAAUAGAUGAUUUAACAUGUCUGGCCUGAAAGUGUUAAUCUGAAAGUUGAUCUAUAUAUGUAUGUACAAGAACGUUUUUUUACAGACAAUAUUCUUUAUGAAUACAUAUACUUCAAUUCUACCGAUUAAGUUAUGUGAAUUAUUUACAUGUAUUUUGAAAUUUAGUUAGUACCAUGUUUUACUAUGUAUUCAGUAUGCAAAUGUAAUGGAAAUAUAUCAUGUUGUAUCCAG